AUGUCUGACACCGAAUUCGACGCAGAGGCGCAGAGCACAAAGCUGCACGCCAUCUAUGGUCGCCACCACCACCACCACCACCACCACCACCACGAGCACACGCUCUCAGCAGUCGACCUUACCAUCAAACUGGAACAACUCCAAAUCGACACCAACAUCACAGAAGUCGACGAGCUCCAAAAGUGGUCCCACGAAGCCCUACACGAGAUCCUAGACCGCCUCGAACACCAGCGUCGAGAAUCCGAGUUCUUCCAAUCCGAAGAUUUGGGUUUGGUCCCCGGGAUGGAGGAGAAUGGCAGUGGCCGGAUGCGACAUACCCUCGGUCUGAGUCCGGAGGUGUUGAGGGAUCUGAGUUCGAGGCAUCAUUCGUUGAAGCAGAGCCAUGGGCAGGCUAACCUGCGGCACAGUGGACACGAUGACGGGACAUGA